AUGCCUCUCAUCCUCGACACACCUUCGCCUUCCGACUCUUCGAUUGACUCAGAGCCCGACCUGCAAGAAGAGCGGCGGCGGCUCCAUCAUGACGCCGACGUUGUGAUUGUGGGUGCAGGAAUUCUCGGCUCCGCCCUGGCGGUGGCGUUGGCCAACCAAGGACGAAGCGUGAUACUGCUGGAAAAGUCGCUGAAGGAGCCUGAUCGCAUAGUAGGCGAGCUGCUACAACCCGGAGGUGUGCAGGCGUUGGAGAAACUCGGCUUGCGACACACCCUCGACGAUAUCGAUGCCAUCCCAGUCAAGGGAUACACUGUGGUAUAUUACGAUGAGCAGGUGCCGAUCCCCUACCCGGCCCUGUCACAAGAGAGACAAGCACAAGUAUCGGAAAAGGCGGGAUCCAGUAAGCGAGCAGAAGGGCGCUCAUUCCACCAUGGGCGAUUCGUCUCGCGGCUGCGAGCGGCAGCCAUGUCGCAUCCCAACGUCACGGUCUUCGAGACCGAAGCGACCUCUCUCAUCAAAUCAAGCGCCAGCCCGGAAAUCCUGGGCGUCGAGUCCCUUACUCACAAAACAAAAAAGGACUUUUUCUUUGGCUCGUUGACCGUGGUCUGCGAUGGAUACGCAUCCAAGUUCCGCAAGUCAUAUAUCCAGCACACACCACGGGUGAAGUCCAAGUUUUGGGGUCUGGAACUGAUCGACUGUCCGCUACCGAUUCCGCAACACGGCACCGUGGUGUUAGGCGACAAUGCCCCAGUGCUACUCUAUCAAAUUGGCACACACGAGACCCGCGCUCUGGUCGAUGUCCCCGACGGUCUAUCCACGACAUCGAGCCAGAACGGCGGCAUCAAAGGCCACUUGAAAUCUGUCGUCCUGCCCUCCCUCCCAGCCAUGGUCCAGCCGUCCUUCCUCACGGCCCUGGAGAGUGGCGCCCUCCGAAGCAUGCCCAACUCUUUCCUCCCGCCCUCCACGAACAUCACUCCCGGGCUUGCGAUCCUUGGUGAUGCAAUGAACAUGCGCCACCCUUUGACGGGUGGGGGCAUGACUGUCGCGCUGUCCGAUGUCGUCCUCCUCUCGUCCCUGCUCUCCCCGACGACGGUCCCCGACCUGGGCGACACACGGCUCGUGCUCGCCCAAAUGCGUACCUUCCACUGGCGCCGAAAAUCCCUCACCUCGGUGAUCAACAUUCUCGCCCAGGCUCUGUACAGUCUCUUUGCCGCCGACGCGUGGCAGCUCAAGUACCUACAAAAGGGCUGCUUUCGGUAUUUCCAACGCGGAGGCAGAUGCAUUGACGACCCGGUCUCGCUCUUGGGCGGCAUGUUGCCGUCUCCGCUGUUGCUGUUUUAUCACUUCUUUAGCGUCGCCGUGUUGGCCAUCGGGGUGCUCGUUGUGGAGAAUGGGGUCCUGUUACUGCCUUUGUCGGCUGUGCAGGGCGUGCUGGUUUUUGCCAAGGCCUGUGAGGUUAUAUUCCCAUAUAUUUUCGCCGAAUUGAGGAGUUGA